AUGGGCCGCGAAGAGCAAAUAGAGGAGCGCGAGGUGCUUGACUCGAUCUUCCCAGAUGAAAUCACAGACAUUUCCGAUUCAGAAUACCGAAUAAAGAUUACCCUCGACAUACCCGAUGACGAAGAAAACGAGCAGCCCGUGAUAGCGCUCACAGUGCGCUAUCCAGAGGAGUACCCGGACAAGGCCCCGCACCUCGACCUCUCCGCGGAGGAUGGCGAGAACAAACACCCUCUGUUCAACAUCGCAGAUGCCAAGGACGACCUUCUCAAGAGCCUUGAGCCAGUGAUCGAAGAGAACCUGGGAAUGGCCAUGGUGUUCACACUCGUCACGACAGUGAAGGAGGAGGCUGAGCAGGUGGCCAUAAAAGCGCGAGAGGACCAACUGAAGGCGCAUGAGGAGGCGGCCCUGGAGGCGGAGAGGAAGGAAAAUGAGAAGUUCCAAGGAACUGCAGUGACGAGGGAGUCAUUCCUUAGCUGGAGGGAGGGCUUCUUAAAGGAGAUGGAGGAGCAGAGGCAGAAGGAGGAAGAGGAAAGAUUAGCCGAGAUGAAGAAGGCCAAGAUAAAAGAACCCGCCAGGAUGACGGGCAGGCAGCUCUGGGAGAGCGGUCUCGCGAAGGGUGAGGAGAUAGAUGAUGGAGAUGAUGACGCGCCAGCAGAGGAUCUGGCGAAGCUCAAAGUAUCAGCUUCAUGA